GCGCUUCUUCCGCCCUUCCCCUCCCUCCCCAGCCUUCCCCGCGAGCGGACGCGGUUGCGCCUCUGUCUCGCUUUUUCUUAUUUUUUCCCCCUUUCCCCUUCCUUUUUUUUUUUCCUUUUUCCCCCUUUCCCCCCCUUUCACCAUUUCCCCUCGGAGGCGCUUCCCCCGGGCAGGGGCAGAGCCGGUCUCCCCCCCCGCCUCUCCCCGGCCCCCGCCGCCCUAUGGCGACUGGGAGCCCCCUCCGCACCCGGGCUCGAGCGGCGGCCUCAGGCCCGGGGGCGCCAUGGAACUAAUUCGCUGACUGGCCCGCCGGCCGCAGCCGUGCGUCCCGCGCCUGCGCCUGCGCCCCGCGGCCCGGUCCCCUCGCCUCCCUCCUCAGCCGGCCCGGCCCGCGCCCCGCCGCCGCGCGCCGAGGAGCAUGCGGUGGUAACGGGUCCCCGGAUGACCCCGCGUCACCACUGUGAGGCCUACAGCACUGCCGAGGAGGAGGAGGAGGAGGAGGAAGAGGUAGCUACAUCAAGCUGGGUGGCAGGCAGAUCCAGAGGAUAUCAUGAAGUUUCCAGGACCUUUGGAAAACCAGAGAUUGUCUUUCCUAUUGGAAAAGGCAAUCUCUAGGGAAGCCCAGAUGUGGAAGGUCAAUGUGCCGAAAAUGCCUACAAAUCAGAAUGUUUCUCCAUCCCAGAGAGAUGAAGUAAUUCAGUGGUUGGCCAAACUCAAGUACCAAUUCAACCUUUACCCGGAAACAUUUGCUCUGGCUAGCAGUCUUUUGGACAGGUUUUUAGCUACUGUAAAGUUUCAUUAUUUAAAUGUCACUACGGCUCAAGUAGCUGUUCUCAAUUUGCCCAAAUUGAGCCCGUCUCAACAUUUGGCGGUCCUCACCAAGCAACUACUUCACUGUAUGGCCUGCAACCAGCUUCUACAAUUCAAAGGAUCCAUGCUUGCUUUAGCCAUGGUUAGUUUGGAAAUGGAGAAACUUAUUCCUGAUUGGCUUCCUCUUACAAUUGAAUUGCUUCAGAAAGCACAGAUGGAUAGCUCCCAGUUGAUCCACUGUCGGGAGCUUGUGGCACAUCACCUUUCUACUCUGCAGUCUUCCCUGCCUCUAAAUUCCGUUUAUGUCUACCGUCCCCUCAAGCACACCUUGGUGACCUGUGACAAAGGAGUGUUCAGAUUACAUCCCUCCUCUGUCCCAGGCUCAGAUUUCUCCAAGGACAACAGCAAGCCAGAAGUGCCAGUCAGAGGUACAGCAGCCUUCUACCAUCAUCUCCCAGCUGCCAGUGGGUGCAAGCACACCUCUGCUAAGCGCAAAGUAGAGGAAAUGGAAGUGGAUGACUUCUAUGAUGGAAUCAAACGGCUCUAUAAUGAAGAUAAUGCUUCAGAAAAUGUGGGUUCUGUGUGUGGCACUGAUUUGUCAAGACAAGAGGGACAUGUUUCCCCUUGUCCACCUUUGCAGCCUGUUUCUGUCAUGUAGAUUCAAUAAGUGUUACCUUCAAGUGCAAACUAAGGUAGACUACUCUGGGGAUGAGAACAGGCAAGACCAGGAAAGGCUAUAGAAGGAUAUAUGCCUUAUCAGGCUGAUUUGAAGUGAGCCAGAAAAAAAAACCCUCAUUUACUUGUCCAGCUAAUUCAACAUUAUUUAACCACUUAAAGACCAAAAAAAAAAAAAAAGAUAUAAAAAUCCAAAAGAUGCAAAAUUUUUUAAUAAGCAAAUUUCUUUUUAGUAUGUCAGUUGUACUCUUUUUCUGCUGGAAUGUAAUAUAGCUUGCCCCAUGUAAAAAAUUCACAUUUAAUGUUUUUUUAAAAAGUUCCAAAAUUCAUAGCUAGCAAAACUGUCCCCAGUGUCCUGAUUUAUUUUUCCUUUUGCUUUUGCUUGCUUCUCCAUUGAGUACUUAAUGAAUUUUAUGCAUGUUUACCUAUGCUGACUUCUACUGAAUAGGAAACCCCCAAAAUUAUUUUUUAGCAAUUUAAUGAACAGAUUAUUUCAGUGUGACAGCCAUGUUUAAUCCAUGAUUGAAAUUCCAGUUAAUCUGAAAAGGGUACUUUGGAGGGAGCUGUCCAAUAUGAAUCAGAGGUGGUAAUAGAAAAAGAAUAUAGACAAUAGAAAAUAUUAUCACAUUGAUUUUAUAUUUGUCUCAUUUCAAUUUCUACAGUUUAAAAAUAAUUACCGUUUUCAUUUUUGUUUAUCUUAAAGUGAAAUUUAAAAGUGGCAUGUAAUUAGGAUACUCUUAGAUUUGUUGAAAGCAUCUUUGAAUUUGCAUAAGAGAAUUUGUGAUAAAGUUAAUAUAUCCAGGUGCUCACCAAAGAAACAUGUAUGUAAUAACUAAAAUUAAGGUUUUUGUAACUGCUCAGUUUUCACUCAAUAAUCGUAGGAGAGACUGUCUAAGUGUUGGAGCAGCUCUAUGAUUUGAGUCUAUAACAUGUAAUAACUGUAUUCAGUACCCUAGUUUUAUGUUAAACUGUUAGGAUUUCCUUGACAAAAGUUAUUCCCCUUGCCUUCUCAGCCCCCCUGUAUUUCUCUUAAUGACCUCUGGAUCCUGAGCUCCUUUUACAGUCUGGAAAAGGUAUUGCAGUCACACCAUGUACUGAUGAUAAAAGCCUCUGGUAGCAAUAAAAAGUUGUCCUUAAA